AUGGUCGAUCAAUCGAAGCUUCAGAAAUGGGGGAAUCCGCGGCUGGUCUCUGAUUCGCGCUGCAACUACUACCCGACGAGCUAUGGCGAACUGAACGCGUGGCUAAAAUGCAACUACCCGCUGGAAGUGCCCGGGGCGGGCCCCACAGCGCUGGACCUGCUGGAUGCGGUACUGUAUGCGAGAGAGGACGGAGAGUUGGAUCUGGAGCACAAACUGCGAGCCGAAUACGCCAUGUUUAAGGCGAGUUCUGGUAGUUUUAAGGCGCGCGCACGCGAACCACAGGAAGACUCGAACGGUGAACUUGCCUCACUGGUACAGAUACUAGGCUCUUUGGCGCUCGACGAGGGUAAACUGGAAGCGCUGUGGCGUCUCCAACGCGACUUUGAUGGUCCUCAACGCAAUUCGGAUUCAAACGUAGCUGGUGCAAGUCGAAGUUUACAGCAGUCACAGCUGGAAGAAGUAACAUCGUAUCUGCUAUCGAGUGCUCUGCAACGUGACAUCCAGCUUAAACCGCCGCAGGGACCUGCACCACACGACGACAUUGCGUUUUUUAAACAGUGCAUUGAUGCUCUCAUGAACAUCGUGGAUUCAAAACCCAUGGCUCCGCCGCUAGACCAUAAUACAACACUCAGCGACGACACAGCGACCGCGCUUCGGGAUCUGCAAUUGGCACACAGCUUUUUGACCAAAAAAUUCGAAAAUGAUAGAAACGAAUAUCUACACAGCAUAGACAAACUGAACAGAACCAACAAAGAGCUAUCCCGGGAGCUUGCAGAACGUGCAAAGCAGGUAGCAACUCUGGAGGACAAAUGCAAGAGCUUGAAGCAACAGCGCGAGAUUCUGACUACACAUGUGGAAAACCUGCCGGUAUCCACGCCCGUUUCGAGCCCCAGCUCCAACACGAGCAACGGAAACAUGUACUCGAUCGGAUCGAUGAGGGCAGAGUUCAAAAAAGUGCUAACGGAGGCGCGUCUGAAGCAUGAGGAGGAGCUGGAACGCGAACGGUCGCUUCGCAAGAGGCUGGAGAAGGAACUGGAUCGCUAG